AUGCGUCUGAGGGCCAAUUUCAACUUCAAGUACAACUCAACCCAGAAAACGAAAGGCACCCUCAGAGUUGGAUUCAGAAUCAAUAUCCCAAGACACACCCAUUGCCACGAAACAAAAAGGGAAGAAACCAACCGCCUCAAGUCGCUCUCAAAGAACUCCCAGAAACUCCGAAGCACAAUCUUCCCAGGCUACUGA